GACGCACUUUACGGAAGCCAACUUCGACCUGUGACAGUUGCGAAUGACAUUUGUCCUACUUUAAUAUUUUCGUUUUCAAAAUCAUGAAUGAGAAAUUACUACAGUUUCGACGAGAUCAGCACUGAUUCGCUUGGAUCAUCUUAGAAAAUGUCGGGAAAGACAAAUCUCCAGGACGGUGAUGGCAGAGUCAGCAGGGUGAUCCGUGUUGGCACCAGAAAAAGCCAGCUGGCUCGGAUUCAGACUGACAGUGUUGUAGAGAAACUCAAGGGGUUACACCCUGAUGUUCAUUUUGAAAUAGUGGCUAUGUCAACAACUGGAGAUAAAAUACUUGACACGGCUCUAUCCAAAAUAGGUGAAAAGAGUCUCUUCACAAAGGAAUUGGAGAAUGCUUUGGAAAAAAAUGAGGUAGACCUGGUUGUGCACUCUUUGAAAGACUUGCCUACUGUUCUUCCUGUGGGCUUCACUAUAGGAGCCGUGCUGAAACGAGAAAACCCCCAUGAUGCUGUUGUCUUGCACCCCAAAAAUAAAGGCAAACGUCUCGAUGCUCUCAUCAACAAGAGUGUUAUAGGUACCAGUUCUCUUCGUCGGGCUGCACAACUGAAGAAAAGAUUUCCCCACCUGGAGUUUAAAGACAUUAGAGGUAAUCUCAAUACCCGUCUCAAGAAGCUGGAUGAAAACAAUGAGUUUUCUGCCAUCGUCUUAGCAGCAGCUGGUCUUCGAAGAAUGGGCUGGGAGAACCGCAUUGGCCAGAUCCUUGGGCCUGAGGACUGCAUGUAUGCCGUUGGACAGGGCGCUCUGGCAGUUGAGGUGAGAGCUCGAGACCAGGACAUCCUGGAAAUGGUGUCAGUAUUAAAUGACACGGACACUGUGUUGAGCUGCAUCGCGGAGAGAGCGUUCCUCAAACACCUGGAAGGUGGGUGCAGUGUUCCAGUCGCUGUUUACACUGAAGUUAAGAAUUCACAGAUCUACAUGACCGGAGCAGUAUUCAGUCUUGAUGGUUCAGACAGUCUGAAGGAGACAAUGCAGACAAGCAUCAGCUCAGACAAUCAGACUGAGGAACAGGAGAAGGUUGAUGAGAAGGUCCAGCGUGUGGGUAUCACUGCUUUAAAGGUGUCAGGAGCAGCCCAGGAUGCCGCAGUGAAGUUAGGAGUUGACCUUGGAAAUCUGCUGCUCAGCAAAGGGGCCAAAGAGAUACUGACUGUAGCCAGACAGCUUAAUGAUGCACGAUAGGUACAAAAUAGUCUGUAUUCAUAGCUGAAGACCAACCACCCCCUUUUCCAGAAGUAUUUUUUUAAAGGUCUACAACUAUUUAAGUGUCA